CGCCCCUUUCCUCCCUCCGCUCCCCGGACGCCGCCGCCGCUUCCUCGGUGCCGCUUCCUCUCGCGGAGACCUUCACCGCGACCCCCGGCGCCAUGGCUUCCUCCGCCGGAUCCGCCUCCUCCUCGGCAGCCGGCUCCGCCCAGGCGCCCGUCCUCCAGCGCGGCAUCGUCAAGAUGGUCCUGUCGGGCUGCGCCAUCAUCGUCCGGGGCCAGCCCCGGGGAGGCCCACCGCCUGAAAGACAGAUCAAUCUCAGCAACAUCCGCGCUGGGACUCUGGCACGCCGAGCAGCUGCAGGGCAGCCCGAUAGCAAGGACACUCCUGAUGAGCCUUGGGCAUUUCCGGCUCGUGAGUUUCUGCGGAAGAAGUUGAUUGGUAAAGAUGUUUGCUUCUCCGUGGACUACAAGACCUCUCCCCGGCGGGAGUACGGCAUGGUGUACCUGGGCAAAGACACAGCCGGGGAGAACAUUGCCGAGUCCCUGGUGGCCGAGGGGCUGGCCUGUCGCCGGGAAGGGAUCCGAGCCAAUACUCCUGAGCAGAUCAGACUGGCUGAGCUGGAGGAGCAGGCCAAGACCGCCAAGAAGGGGAUGUGGAGUGAAGGGACGGGGUCCCACACGCUCCGAGACCUCAAAUACACCAUUGAGAACCCCCGGCACUUCGUGGACUCCAUGCACCAGAAGCCGGUGAACGGGCAGCCCCCCAUCGAGCGCACUGCAUGGCAGCGGGCCGCACCUGAGUGGGCUGGGGCUGGAGAGAAUGAGUGCCGGGAAGGACACAAUGGACGCCCCCCGCCCUCGUGGGUUCCCCUCCCUGACCCGGCUCCCCCCUUCCAGUGCCCCACGUUCAAGCGGGAAGCAGACGGCACGGAGACCCCCGAGCCCUUUGCGGCAGAAGCCAAGUUUUUCACAGAGUCACGGCUGCUGCAGAGGGACGUGCAGAUUGUCCUGGAGAGCUGCCACAACCAGAACAUCCUGGGCACCAUCCUGCACCCGAACGGGAACAUCACGGAGCUGCUGCUGAAGGAAGGAUUUGCGCGCUGCGUUGACUGGUCCAUGGCCGUCUACACCCGGGGGGCAGAGAAGCUGCGGGCCGCAGAACGGUACGCCAAGGAGCACAAGCUGAGGAUCUGGAGGGACUAUGUGGCUCCCACGGCCAACCUGGACCAGAAGGAGAAGCAGUUUCAGGCCAAGGUGGUGCAGGUGCUCAACGCCGAUGCCAUUGUGGUGAAGCUGAAUUCGGGGGACUACAAAACCAUCCACCUCUCCAGCAUCCGGUCCCCCAGACUGGAAGGGGAAGGCCCCCAGGACAAGAACCGGAAGCUCCGUCCUCUCUACGACAUCCCCUACAUGUUUGAGGCCAGGGAGUUCCUGCGCAGGAAGCUGAUCGGGAAGAAGGUGAGCGUCACGGUGGACUACAUCCGGCCAGCCAGCGGGGCGACCGACACGGUUCCCGCCUUCUCAGAGCGCACCUGUGCCACCGUCACCAUUGGCGGCAUCAACAUCGCCGAGGCGCUGGUCAGCAAGGGACUGGCCACUGUCAUCCGCUACCGCCAGGACGAUGACCAGCGCUCCUCCCACUAUGAUGAGCUGCUGGCUGCUGAGGCCCGGGCGGUCAAGAAUGGCAAAGGCUUGCACAGCAAGAAGGAGGUCCCAAUCCACCGAGUGGCUGACAUCUCCGGGGACACCCAGAAGGCCAAGCAGUUCCUGCCUUUCCUGCAGCGGGCCGGCCGCUCGGAAGCGGUGGUGGAAUAUGUCUUCAGUGGCUCCCGCCUGAAGCUCUACCUGCCCAAGGAGACCUGCCUGAUCACCUUCUUGCUGGCAGGCAUCGAAUGUCCCCGUGGAGCCCGGAACCUGCCAGGCCUGGUCCAGGAAGGGGAGCCCUUCAGCGAAGAAGCCAUGCUGUUCACAAAAGAACUGGUGCUGCAGCGAGAGGUAGGAGGGCGGCCCUCCAUGCGUCUCUGCGCCUCGACUUCGCCUCUUUCCCACCUGCCCACUCAGCUGCCUUUCUCUGCUCGCUCCCGAUGCCCUUUGUGA